CACCUCGUGACGGACGCUUGUCGCCUAUGAGCAGCUAGCUACACCACACCACAUCGCAGCCCUCGCCCCGCCCUGACAUCAUGUUGUCUUUUCUCUCUCGCCCACUAGUUACUUCUGCUUCACGCACACUCACCACCACACGUACACUGUCCUCCACGAUGGCCGCCAAGACCGACGUCAGCACGUACAUCUUCAACCACACGAUGUUCCGCAUCAAGGACCCCAAGGUCUCGAUCCCCUUCUACGAGGAGGUGCUCGGCAUGGAGGCGAGUUGGUGCUUCCGCCAGUCGGACGGCCCCGACUUCACCAACUACUUCCUCGGCUACCCCUCGGGCUUUGGCGACAAGGCCGGCGCCACCAAGGCCGAGAAGGGCGACCUCUUCACUGGCCGCGAGGGCGUCCUCGAGCUGUGCCACAACCACGGCACUGAGACCGACCCCAGCUUCAAGGGCUACGUCUCGGGCAACGAGGAGCCCGGACGCGGCUUUGGUCACAUCUGCAUCUCUGUCGACGACCUCGACGCCGCGUGCAAGCGCUUCACUGAGCUCGGCGUCAAGUUCAAGAAGCGCCCCGAGGAGGGCCGCAUGCGCCACAUUGCCUUUAUCUACGACCCUGACGGAUACUGGAUCGAGAUCCUCGCCAACGCCCGCAACCAGGCCGGCGCUUAAACAAAAG